CCCGCCCCCUCCCCUCUCCCCCGCGUCUUCUCCACCCGAGCGCCAUGGUGAACGGAGGAGCGCAGCGCUCAGCGGCAGCGACAUCGGUUACUGCGCGCGGUGUGCAUGGGCCCUCGGACUCUCUGGGGCCCGGGGGCCCCGGGGCCGGCGUGCUGGUGGGCGGCGUGGUGGCCACGUGCGCCAUCUGCGGCGACCGCGCCACGGGGAAGCACUACGGCGCCUCCAGCUGCGACGGCUGCAAGGGCUUCUUCCGGCGCAGCGUUCGCAAGAACCACAUCUACACCUGCAGGUUCAACCGGCAGUGCGUGGUGGACAAGGACAAACGCAACCAGUGCCGCUACUGCCGCCUGCGCAAGUGCUUCCGUGCGGGGAUGAAGAAGGAGGCAGCCGUGCAGAAUGAGAGAGAUCGGAUCGCCCUGCGGAGACCGAGCUACGAGGAGGUGGGGUCGCUCUCAAUCAGCAGCCUCGUGCAGGCCGAGGCCCUCUCCAGACAGGUGGAAGUGGGGGGCUCGGGGCCGAUGGGGGAUGGUGGGGGCCCCAUACGCAAGCUGGCCGGGGUGCAGGACGUGUGCGAGUCGAUGAAGCAGCAGCUGCUGGUGCUGGUCGAGUGGGCCAAGUACAUCCCGGCCUUCUGUGACCUGCCCCUAGACGACCAGGUGUCUCUGCUGAGAGCUCAUGCUGGUGAGCACCUCCUUCUUGGGGUCUCCAAGCGCUCCCUGCCCUACAAGGAGCUGCUGCUGCUGGGCUCCGAGGCGGUGAUUCCCAGGAACUGCCCCGAGCAGGAGCUGUGCCGCGUCACGAACCGCGUGCUGGACGAGCUCGUGCGACCUUUCCGCGACCUCCAGCUCGACGACGCGGAGUUCGCCUGCCUCAAGGCCAUCGUCUUCUUUGACCCAGAUGCGAAGGGAUUGAGCGACGCCGCUCGAAUCAAAGCGAUGCGCUUCCACGUGCAGGUGCUGCUGGAGGACUACGUGACCGACCGCCAGUACGAGAGCCGCGGGCGAUUCGGCGAGCUGCUGCUGCUGCUGCCGGCGCUGCAGAGCAUCACGUGGCAGCUCAUCGAGCAGGUCCACCUCCUCCGCCUCUUCGGCGUCGCCAAGGUGGACAACCUUCUGCAGGAGAUGCUGCUCGGAGGAGUGACGGCAGACGCUGCACCGGCCGGCCAGGCGCCCGCUCACCCUCAGCUGCUGCCCCAUCUGCCUCACCUGCCUCACCUGCCCCACCUGCCCCACCUGCCCGCUCACCCCCCUCACCAGCAGCAGCCGCUGCCCCCUUCCCGCUCCCCAGACCCCCCGCAUCACUUCCUGGGCAACUCUGGCAGUGGGCACCCGGUCAUCAUCAGCAACCCCAUGGCCACGCAGCACACCAUGCAGCACACCGCUCACCUGUCCACCCCGGACACGCCGCUCCCGUCUCCUCCCGGGAGCUCCCCCCCUGGGGGUCCCGACCCCUACAAGAUGAGGGGGGGAGCCCUGCCCCACGAGGGACCCCCACCCUCCCCAUCCUCCACAUCCCACACAGUGCUCACCAAGCGGGAGACUCAGUGACUCUGCACAACAGUAGCACACCAGCUGUACACGCCUGCAUGAGCAGUAGCACACCUGUACACACCUGCAGUAACACACCUGUAUACACCUGUACAGGAAUUCCCCGCUAUACAUAAGGGUUCUGUUCCUGAGAAAUGCUACUUAACUCAUGAGCAGUGGCACACCUGUACACACCUGCAUGAGCAGUAGAACACUUGUACACACCUGCAGUAGCACACCUGUACACACCUGUACAGGAAUCCCCCGCUAAACAUAAGGGUUCUGUUCCUGAGAAAUGCUACUUAACUCGAAAUAACUUAAAACGAACUCUAAAUUCCCAUAAAGAUGUUAAAAUAGGGGGUUGCGUUCUUAACCGACAUUUCAGGAAUAAAAUGCGUGACUAAAUGUCAUGAAGUUUAUUAAAAAAACCCAUCAGGUAACAUGGAUUUAACGAAUAAUAAUUACAAAUAAUUAGAUAAAACUUACCAGAGAUGGUAAAGCAAAGCUUAUUGAUCGACGACUGUGGAGUUACGCAGACGAAGGCCACGCAUGCUUGCAAUAUCGACAGCCUUUUCACCUGCUUUAUAACGAUUUGAAACGUCUGAUUUAUCGUUGAGAUUCUUUACCUUUUUUUCUUUUUCUUGCCAGAGGCGCUAUCAUCAUUUUCCGUGCAUUUUGCACUCACCUUUCUAAGGCCUAUGUACUGUUAAAAAAAACUAUCGCCGAACGCGACAUUUCUAGCUAGCCACGCUCGCUGCGAUCACACAAGAUGGCGGUCUGGCAGACAAGGAGGUCGGAUCACACGUUGGAACGAUAUUCGGUGGUACGCGAAUAUUCGCCUACCGUGCGGUAUUACAUCGCAAAAUAAUAGUCCGUGUGCGUUCCGAGUUUUAACAAUGUUGCAAACAUUUUUGGCGCAAAUAUAUAUAUUUUUGAUCCAUAAUAGAGGUUUUCUUUGGGCUAGGUAGCGUAAAUAUAUAAAUGCGUCUUUAAACGCGCCACCACCCGACA